ACCCAAACAAAUGCAGCUGGGCAGCGAGGGACCGUGACUUUCAGAAGCGUGGAGUGAAAAUUACGAAAGCUCGCUGGCAGUAUGAACGCGGCUCUGAAGCACUGGAAGGAGGCGGCAACACUUAUUUUAGCCGCGGGCCAGAGGCUCGGCACGCACACUGUACCGUCAAGGACACCGCUGGGCAGCAGCCUUGGACGGUCACACCUGCCCCACAAGUCCUGCUUUGAUUACGACGUUUUACUGCUUAAACGAAGCAGUAAAAGUGGAUUCAUGCCCAAUGCGUACGUGUUUCCCGGCGGCAUGGUGGACUCCUCGGACUUUUCCAGUGAAUGGCUGGACAUUUUCAAAUCUUUCAGGAACUCGCCCAAUUUUGGUUUGAGUAGUGUCAAACAGCCUGCGGAGACUAGACCUCCAAUCUUCGCCACAGACCGACUAAAACUGGGCUCUCCUAUCCCGGGGGAGGUCGCCUUCCGCAUCACCGCCUUGAGGGAGACGUUUGAGGAGUCCGGUGUGCUCCUGGUCGUGUCUAAACUGGAGGAGAGAAGUUUGUUAAAGAGCAUAGAGGACAGGUGUGCCACUGAUCAAGUGCUGCAUUACAAAGUUAACGAGCUGUGCAGUAGUGAACUCGCAAAGUGGAGGGCUCUAGUAAACCAAAACCCCUCCAACUUCGUCAGGAUGUGCAGGGAGUUGGAGGUGUUGCCUAACAUCUGGGCUUUACAUGAGUGGGGCAACUGGCUGACUCCCACAGCCCGAUACGGUGUGACGAGGUUUGACACAGUUUUCUUCAUCUGCUGCCUGCAGGAGAUCCCGCACACACUUCAAGACGAGAAGGAAAUCGUGCGCUUUCAGUGGUCCACCCCCUCAGAGGUCCUACAGAGCUACCAGGAACGGAAGUUGUGGAUCGCCUCCCCACAGCUCUAUGAGCUCAGCCGCAUGUGCCGCUUCCCUUUGCUGAAUGACCUCCACAAUUUCUCCAGCCAGCGUGCCACAGAGGGCUGCGAACAGUGGCUGCCUGUUGUUGUCUUAAAAGACGAACACUACAUUUCACUGCUGCCAGGUGACAAACUGUACCCUUCAGGAGAGGCUGAGGGGGAUUCGAGCACCGACACUCAGCUGGAGGAUCCUCAGGAUGAUUCUGGACUGAACCGCAUUGUGAUCUCAGAUCCAUACACUGCAACUCUACAGGUCACCAUCACGCCCAAGUACAAUCAUCUGCUCCCUGUUGUAGAGCAAGCCUUCCCACAUGACUCAGAAAGCAAGCCUUGACUUUGAGCCUACACAUUGUACGAGCCCUAAAACUGCUCUGCAAUGCAUAUAAUUUUUGUACCAUUAUUAUUGAAAGCAGCGGUCUGAAGCACUGCUUAUGGAAAUAUCAAAUGGGCCUUUUUCACAGCAGAUAUUUUGACUUGUCAUGGUAGGAAAAGCACAGGUGUUACUAAUAACACUUAAAAUGGCUCUGUUCUAUUCAUGUGACAUAGUAAGGAGGCAGACACGUGUGGUGACUACUCGCAGAGCUAGUUAGUGAGCUGUUGUAGCUGGCAAGAUAACCGCCAGUCAAUCACAAUACCUUCCGGAGGGUAUCUCCAUUGUCUCUCUCCUUUUUUGCAUUUUGUUCUCCAGUAACUUAAAUAAAAAUGUGCAAGAUGAA